GCGCGCGCGCGCCGCGUGUACGAAUGCGGCUUGGUGCGUUACACCACUUUUUACCAGCCCCACCACCAUUCGCAUAAACACACCGCCGUAAAGCGGUGAACACUUUGCAGCGUUUAGUCGCUAGUUAACCGUGCUCGUUUCGCGGUAUUCGUUUCCGUGCCUCCGCGCGCCGUAUCCCCAUUUCGAGAGUCGUCGACGGGGCCCGCUCUCAUAUACCUCGGGUUUUAGGCCAGAGUCCGGAGGUGAGGAUUUUAAGAAAGAGGAGAAGAAGUGUGGGAAAAGUGUGUGGAAGAAAAAUGGAUGAUGGAUCUGUGCGGUGCGAUUCGACGGCGAUGAACGAGAAGAGGCGCACAGACGUCGAAUCGGCGCGUAAACGCGCGAUCUUGGGCAGGUUAUAUCCAACCUCCCCCCCGAUUAUCCGGAGGAAGGAAGGGCGAGAUAUGGAUAUGGACAUGAGCGGAAGGACGAACAGGUCGAGCGAGGAAUUGGCCAAGAGGCGCGUCUCCAUUAGCGAUCAGAUACUAGGCAUGGAUAAUCCUACGUUCGAUCAUCAUCGGCGCAUAAGCGCGAGCUCGGAGCAUAACUCGGAUCAGGGACGUGGCAAAUCGAUAUUGCAGCACGGAGGGAGCAACUACGGCAGCUCGGAGAAUAUACCGCAGCACAAGUUCGAUCUCGAGAACGGGAGGAUCAAUGGAGGGAGCAGGAAGAAGUCCGCGUACAGCUUGACCAGCUCCAUCAGGGACAAGAUCGAGUACUCGGAGGAGCUGGAACGGUCGUGGUUGUAUCUGUUUUGCACGCGAUGCCACGGUCGCGACGACACUCCAUCGUGGGAGCCACCCGGUUGGAGGAAAGCCUGUCCCCAACCGUUUUGCCCGAGCUACAGAAAAUUCGCCCGGCUGUUGUGCCUGUUCCUGUUAGGCCUGCUGCUGUGGGGCAUCGUGUACACGAUACUCGGGGAGGACGCCGCCCCUGGCGGCCAGCUUUUCGGCCUCGCCGUCCUCUGCAUCGCGGCUCACUUCGGGGGAUGGCUCUUCUCCUUGACCACCCUGCCCGCCCUGAUCGGUAUGCUGAUCACGGGGAUCGUGAUGCAGAACAUCGGCAUGGUGAGCAUCGACCGAAACUACAACAUCGUCAUCUCCAAUUUGCGGAAAAUCGCUCUAGUCAUUAUCCUCACGAGAGCCGGUUUGGAUUUGGAUCCGAACGCCUUGAAAAGAUUGAAGAUCACGGUCCCGAAACUGGGCCUAAUACCGUGGCUGAUCGAGGCGUUUGUGAUAGCCAUACUCACCAAGUAUCUUCUUGAUUUGCCCUGGAUAUGGGGUUUUUUCCUGGGAAGCGUGGUAGCCGCCGUUUCACCGGCGGUUGUCGUGCCUUGCCUCUUCAGGUUACGCUCCAAAGGUUACGGCGUUGCCAAGGGCAUCCCAACUCUGAUCAUCGCCGUGUCCGGAAUCGAUGACGCAGCAUCAGUGGCGAUCCACGGAAUUAUACAGAGCAUUAUGUUCUUCCCUAACGCGAUACUCUGGUAUCAAAUCCUGCAGGGACCUAUCGCCAUCGUUGGAGGACUCGGAUUCGGCGUCCUGUGGGGUUGGUUGGCCAAGUACGUUCCGGAAAAAGGAGACCCCUUUAUGGUGCCCAUGAGAGUGUUGAUGUUGUUAGGGGGUGGAUUGUUGGCAGUGUUUGGAAGCGAGGCGAUUGAGCUAGGAGGUGCCGGACCUUUGGCAGUGGUUGCAGCCGCCUUUAUUAGCUGCUAUUUCUGGCAGAAACAAGGCUGGGAGGUCGACGAUAAUCCGGUGGCGACAGCGUUCGAGAUCUUCUGGAUGAUCUUCGAGCCGAUCCUGUUCGGCGUUACGGGCGCCCAAAUCAAGAUCGACGAAUUGGAGGGGAAGACGGUUUACCUGGGCAUAAGCUGCCUGCUCGCCGGCAUAGUGAUCCGCGUGGUGGCCACCGUCCUCGUCGGUGUGGGUUCCAACUUGAACCUGAAGGAGAAAAUAUUCAUCGCCCUGUCCUGGAUGGCGAAGGCGACCGUCCAAGCCGCCCUCGGGCCCACGGCCCUCGACAAGGUGGACCCCAACGACCCUUUGCAGGUUUACUACGCCGAGACUGUGAUGACCAUAUGCGUCCUAUCCAUCCUGCUCACGGCCCCCGCAGGUGCCAUCAUAAUCACUCUCUCCGGCCCGAAACUUCUCACCAAGACCACGGCGCCCGUCGCGCCGCCCGAGGGCUGGAAGGCGCGCAGACCCUCGAUUCGAGACAUUUCCAUCAUCAACGAGGACCCGGACCUCGAGGAGACCGCAAACGAGAGGAAGCCUUGAGGCGUUCCCCGACUCCACCACCUCGCUCGCCUCCUCCGCGUGGGGAUGCGAAUCGAAGGAUAACGAACGAGAAUUUCGACCGAGAGAGGAUUUGCGUGUCGUUCGUCGACGUUUUAUCCGAUUUUAUAUAUCUUGUGUAUAUCCGAAUAUAUCCGUCGAUUUAUGGAUACAUCUCGUAGGAGGAGAGGAGGAGGAGGAGGAGGAGGAGGGAGUGGAUCCUUGACGAGAUGAAGCGAUGCGUGUGUGCGUUACGUGUGCUUGGAGGAUCGAAACAACGUGUGAAUUCGUUGAGGAUUCGAGUCGAGCGAAGGGGUUCGAGAGAAGAGGAAAUUUCUUGGAGGAGUUGAGAGGUCGAAUUCUGAUUCGUUGCUUGGUAACUUGGUAGGGGUGAAGUUCGUAGUUAUAGUUUUUUUUUGUGUAUGUGUGUGCGAAGAUUUGUCUAGGAUUUGUUUGUAGGAACGAAGAAGAAUCGACAAAGGUUACUUCGUUACAUGUGUAGAAUAUCGGACGAAUAGAAAUGCGCGAGCCAUCGGAUUUUAUUACGAAAUUAUUAUUAUUCUGUGGCGAUAAUUAUUAUAUUGGUAAUCUUUCUUCUGUUGAAUAUUUUACGAUCGAAGAGAAUUUUUUUUCAGAAUGAACGUAGUUAAUUUUUUUUUUUUUUUUUUUUUUUUAUAGAUAGUAGAAUUACACGCUCACAUCGAUCGAUUCGAACGAAACCCCGGCUAAUGUCUUAAUAACGUUUCACAGUGGUGACUUAUGCGUGGAAUACCUCGACCAGUAAUUGAACAAUUUAUCGGUACGCUUCGAGAUGAGAAACGUUGCCCCGGCCGAGGAGAGAUGGCUCGUUCGUUCUGCCUCUUGCAAGACGAUUCGAAAUUAUUCGGAUGAAAUAUAUCUCGUUUCUCGAGCGAUUCGAAGAAGAAGGUUAGAUCUGGUUAAAAAAGUUUCGAGUUAUUUUUUUUCUUUUUUUUUUUUUUUUNNNUUUUUUUUUUUUUUUUUUUUUUUUUUUUUUUUAGGCUUUGACACAACUUUGAUCAAGUUAUUUCUGACAUGAGAGAAUUGUAUCUUGCAUCGCAUAAUUUUGACGAGAUGAUUUAUCUUCUUAAUAUGUGUAAUAUACGAUCGACGAAUUAUAUAUAUAUAUAUAUAUAUGUGUGUGUAUAUAAAGGAGUAUAUAAGAGAAUAACAUAAACAAAGACUGUCAUGAUUCGAUAAGUUCGAUCAUCGAUGAAGUUUCUCGACGUUCAAGAAUUUUGUUGCUCGAUUAUGGGGAAAAGAAAAAAAAUUGAAUGUUCGUGAGAGUUAUUUUCUAGAAUAAUUGUUAUUAAUCCCAAUUGUUGAUGAGGUACGAUUUUAUGAUAAUAAAAUUUAUAUUCGUGGUAGAAGUUGAUAGAAUUUUUUUUUUUUUUUUUUUUUUUUGAAUUUUAAGAUUCUUUUGUGAAAUAAAAGUGCCUUGUGAGACGAUAAUAACGAUUCUGUCCAUACGUGUAAAAUUUUACGACGUAUUAAAAUUCUUGGAGAAGGGAACAAGUUCGCUUUUUUAACUUAAGGUAAACUGAAUGUUGUUCCGUUCUUGGGAAGGGGGGGGAGAAGAAACUCUCAUCCAAGAAGAUUUAAAUUAUUUAGUAAAUCGAAAUUUAGUAAAUGUCGAAAUAUUUACUCGAACCGUUGAAACUUAAGCGUGAAAUUUAUAAUACGAUGUAAAUAAAACUGGUGAUUCAGAAGAUCAAUUAUGUAAAAAAAAAAAAAAAAAAAACCACAUUACGUUUUGUAAAAUUAUUCUAAUUGUCGUUCAUUUGUAAAUUUACAGACGCGUUUGAGGAGUUGUUGUGCGCGUUGAACGUGCCUACUACGUAUAUUUGUAUAUACGUAUACCGUGUCCGUACAAUUAACCUUGAAUACGAGAGCGAAUGCAGUAGAGUCGGCAAAUUGAUUAAUCGAUCGGUUGAAACUUGAAGUAAACUGUAUUUGCGCGUAAAUUAAUCGAUUAAUUAAUUAGCUCGGGAGAACACUUCGGGAUUAAUUUGCUUCAGAAUGGAAGUGGAUGACUGUGCGAGAGUUAAAAUUUUACUGUUACUAGAACUCUGAAUUCUAUUCGUUAAUUAUGUUGUUGGUAAUUAAAGACAAUCACUGUAGCUGUCAA